AUGGCUUUAUUGCUUUAUGGCACCAAUCUAACGCUGUUACACUCGUCUCAGCUCACAUUACCGCAUUCGGGCCGCACUGCACAGGAAGCGAAUCUCCUGGUUGCUAUUCUGAUGUCUUCUGGCAACGACAGCUGCUACUUCGUGGACUGCCAGCAUUCGAUUGAGUUUCGGAGAGAGUCGUCUUACGAAAGAUACCGCAGCAACGAAACAUCACCGUAUCACAGUAACUCGGCCUAUUCAAGUUCACCAUCAAGAGAUAUCGAUUUAUGGGAACCGAUGGAUGGAAGUGGAGGUGAUCAACACGAUUACAUGGCGGCUGGCCCGUCUGGAUUACAGUCGUCCUCACAGCAGUACCCAACGGAAACGCGAAAGGCAUCGACGGAAAUUGAUGAAGACGUGGAGCUUAACUCGUUGUUUCAAAGGAUUCAGGAACAAAGCAGUCGUUUCGACGACACAGCACACGAGCCAGCCACGCAGGGUACAUCGGGAAUGGACAUGAACACCGAGUUACAGAUCAAGACCGAACCGUACAACCCAUUGGGACCGAGUCCAGCAUUCCUGCAUCCGUCCAUCAUGGGGAUCCCUUGCGAUUUCAUGCCGCCGCAACCGGGUCCAUUCGGUCAGCAACCGAAUCCAUUCGCUUCGCAAGCAUUGUUCUACGGACAGCAACCACAAUUCAGCCAAGUGGCCACUGAUUCGAGACGAGGGAGCCACGGAACAACGAGUUCGAGUUCGGCGAACAGCCAUGCGGGCACACCAUCCCCGCAUCAUGGCCUGCAGCCGCCGCCAUCGCCAUCGCCGUCGGCGACAGUUUUCAGUGCACAGCACUUGCUCAGAUUCGGUCAUUGCAUGCUGCCACAAACUUUCGAUUUUCCGACGGCAUCUACAGCAAGUUCCUCUGUAGAUGAAGAGGCGGAGAAGGUUUGUGCAGUUUGUGGAGAUCGAGCUGUUUGUUUCCACUACGGUGCUCGAACAUGCGAAGGGUGCAAAGGAUUCUUCAAGCGUACUGUCCAAAAAGCUUCGAAGUACGCAUGUGCCGGAAAUCGUAACUGCCCGAUUGAGAAGCGAUAUCGUUCCAGAUGUCAAGCAUGUCGAUUUCAAAAGUGCCUCAAUGUUGGAAUGGUGAAGGAAAUUGUUCGGCACGGUUCCCUCUCCGGAAGACGUGGUCGAUUGUCGUCAAAGACGAAAUGUCAUCGCGGUGACGAACAGCCAAGUCCACCGUUGCCGCUUUUGGCUUUGAUCGUCAGAGCUCAUGACGCUUACAAAUCAGCGCCAUCUCCUGUUCGAUAUGUUAAUAUAACGUCAGAACAUGUGGUGAACCUUUUGGAAAAAGAGUACCACUCGGUCCAAAUGUUCGUCUCCAGCAUGCCACACAUCGAUGAGAUUUCCGAAACAGAUAUCCCGAAACUUCUUUCUAGAACAGUCUUCGCAAUGAUGGCUGUCAGACAUUGUUAUCGGAUGACCGACACCGACUUAGUGUUUGAGUGCGGCUCACGGGUCCCACUCGCUGGACUUCCACCUCCGUUCCUAGCUUUCUUUCGACGGGUGGCCGAAAAAGCGCCAGGUUUCAAAACAGUGGUCGAUUGGGAACCACAAUCUUACUGUGCCCUCCAAGCUAUGCAAUUUUUCUCUGGGAACACAGAUAACAACCUUCUUGACUUACACAGCAAAGCCGCUGCCGACCAUGUUCAGAGCAAGAUCGUCAAUGCAUUGAAGGAUCACUGCAGUACAGCUCAACCGAAUAAGUUGGCGAGAAUUGUUGAGCAGGUAUACGCUUUCGACGAAUUUCAUAUGCUUGGAGUUGAACUGGUUGAAUGUUGUCUAGUUCAUCAUAUCAAUUUACCGCCGCAUUUAGUUCGAGUCACUGAGGUACCGAGAGCACCGCUACGCAGCUCUGACACUGUUCAACCGCAAGUGUUACUGCCGCAAAGCAGUUCACAUUUUGCACCACUUACCCAUGCUUAUUAG